CCAUCACUCCUCAGCAAAACCCUCAACAUGAGCACCAACGACUCAAAACCCACGCCCGAGGCCCUCAUCUCGAAAUUCGAGGUAAGCCGGCUCCUCAAACAAGACCAGAAUGGCCGCCGCAUCGCCAUCCUCGGCACAAUCAACAACCAACAAGGCAUUCUAACCGCCGAACGGGCAGCCUUCGCCACCGAAACCCCCGAAGCUCUAUCCGCCUUCCACGCCGCAAUCACCCAAGUCCAGAACCUCGGCGACAACGACAUCUACAGAUGGUACCUAGCCUCCUCGAGCUCCGGCCCAGGGAGCCAACAACCACCGGACCUCAAACUCAACCUCAUCUGGCCUUGCACGGACCAACACAUCAAGAAAUACUCCGAGCAGGUGGUGCGGAUGGUCACCGAGACGCCGGGGAUUUAUCGCGACCAUGUGCGUCCGUAUAUGAGCGCCAAACGGGAGGAAGGGAGGUUGAACUGGGUGUUUAAUAUUCUGGAGGGUCGAACGGAGCAGGAGGAUGUGAUUUUGAGGGACAAGGGGAGUGGGAAUGAAGAGGAGGAAGGGUUCUUAGUGUUGCCGGAUUUGAACUGGGAUCGGAAGACGAUGGGGUCGUUGCAUUUGUUGGCCCUGGUCCUUAGACGGGAUAUUUGGUCGUUGAGGGAUCUGAAGAAGAAACAUGUCCCCUGGUUGAAGUAUCUCAGGGAGAGGUUGUUGGAGGAUUUGGUCAAGGUGUAUCCCCAGCUUGAGACGGAUCAGUUGAAGCUUUAUGUGCAUUACCAGCCGACGUAUUAUCAUUUCCAUAUUCAUGUGGUCAAUGUGAUGUUGGAGGCGGGGGCCACUCAGGCUACUGGGAAGGCGUUCGGGUUGGAGAAUAUCAUCUCGCAGUUGGAGACGCUGGAGGGGAAUGAAGAGACUGGCAUGGCAGAUGUCAGCUUGACUUAUUAUCUGGGUGAGGCCAGUGAGCUGUGGUCGAAUGUGUUUGGGCCGUUGAAGAGGGGGGAGAAGCCGCUGUAG